AACGACGAGCUUAGAUCGAUGCAUGUGAACCUUCUGCCAGGAAGCCUUUUAAAAGCAACACAACGAUACAACAUUCCACAACUUUUCAUCACAUCACAACUUUUGCAAGGAUCCAUCGCUCUUCCAAGAGUCCAAGACCUUGCCGGCGCGUGGCGGUGGCAAAACCAUGGCGCACGCCGACGAUACCGCGGCCGUGCCGCUGCUCCCCUCUCCGACAACGACGACGAAGGCCGGCGACGAGCCGCCGCGCCGUAACAUGUACGCCUUCGGCUGCGCCACGCUGGCCUCCAUGACCACCAUCCUCAUGGGCUACAACCUGGCGCUGAUGAGCGGCGCGCAGCUGUUCAUCCGGGAGGACCUGGGCCUCUCGGACGCGCAGAUCGAGGUGCUCGCGGGCUCCAUCAACGUGUUCAUGCUCGCGUCCAUCCUCGCCGCCGGAUGGGCGGCCGACGUCCUCGGCCGCCGCGGCACGCUCGUGCUCGCCAACGUCUCCCUCAUGGCCGGCGCGCUCGCCAUGGCGCUCGGCGGCAGCUUCCCCGCGCUCAUGUUCGCGCGAUGCGUCACCAGCGUCGGGUCCGGGUUCUCCAUCGUCGUCACCUCCGUCUACAACGCCGAGAUCUCGCCGCCGUCCAUGCGCGGAUUCUUGUCGUCCUUCCUCGACCUGUUCAUCAGCCUCGGCUUGCUCCUCAGCUACGUGUCGAACUACGCCUUCGCCAGCUUGCCGGUGCACCUCGGUUGGCGCGUCAUGUACGCCGCCGGAGUGCUCCCGCCGGUGCUUCUGGCCGCCGGCGUGCUUGCCAUGCCGGAGUCGCCGCGGUGGCUCGCGAUGCGCGGGCGCCACGCCGACGCGCGCGCCGUGCUCUUGCGCACCUCCGACACGCCCGCCGAAGCCGACCUCCGCCUCGAGGAGAUCAAGCAGGCCGUCUUCAAGGAGCAGCCACAGGCCAACGACGGCGGCGGCGGCGACGUCUGGAAGGAGCUCCUCCUCCGCCCGUCGGCGAGCGUGCGCCGGAUGCUCAUCUGCGUCGUCGGCGUGCACUUCUUCCAGCAGGCCUCCGGCAUCGACGCCAUCGUGCUCUACAGCCCGCUGGUGUUCCGGAAGGCCGGCAUGUCGUCGAACGACGCCGUCCUCGGCGCCACCGUGGGAAUCGGAGUCGUCAAGAUGUGCUUUGUCCUCGUGGCGUCGCUCCUCUCCGACGGCGUCGGCCGGCGGCCGCUCCUCCUCGCCAGCACGGCCGGCGUGGCCGCGUCGAUGGCGUCGCUGGGGACGGCGCUCUGUGUUGGCUCGACCUCGCCGGUGAGCAUGGCGGCCACCAUCGCGUCAGUGCUAGCGUUCAUAGCGGCGUUCUCGAUCGGGUUCGGGCCGCUGGCCGGCACGUACAGCGCCGAGAUCAUGCCGCUGCGGCUGCGGGCGCAGGGGGCGAGCCUGGGCAUGGCGGUGAACCGGCUGACGUGCGCGCUGGUGAGCAUGACGUUCAUCUCGCUGGCGGACGCGAUCACCAUGCCCGGGUGCUUCUUCCUGUACGCCGGGGUGGCGGCGGCCGCGUGUGUGUUCGUGUACGCGCGGAUGCCGGAGACGAGGGGCAGGAGCCUCGAGGACAUGGACGUGCUCUUCGCCAAGUGAUCUUUGAUGGCUUCGAUCAUCACUAGCUAGUGACCGAGGCGGUGCAGCGGUUCUUGAGAAGAUGAGUGCUAGAUUGCUAGUAUCUUGUUGUUUUUAUGUUACCCGACAGUUUGCACAAAUUGCUGUGCAAAUUGACGCCUUUUUUGUUUCACGUUUUGGCUCUGAACUUGUCGAAUUACUUUAUCCAGACACAGUUGCCUCUAUAACAUUUUGUAUUCUCUUAGUUCAGGAUCUUUUUUUAAAAAAAAAUAGAAAAGAUGCUACCAUGAUUUUUU